AUGUUUAAAGCCAAGAUUUUUAUUUUUAUUGCUUGUUUAACGUUUGCAACUUUCGCAAAUGCUAUGACAAUAUAUGAUAGCCAUAUUACAAAUUUCGAGGAAGAGCAGUUACUCGUCAAGGAAUUUCCUUCUAAUUAUAUUUUUGAAACCAUUACUGAUUGCAGUAAUGACAAUGACAUCCUCGUCAUUGAGAAUAUUUUUAUAUCGCCUGACCCGCCACGUAGGGGUGAAAACGUAUACAUUAAUGCCAGCGGGUAUUUGAAAAAGACCGUUGGAUUUGGGAGUUACGUUGACUUGACCGUAAAGCUAGGUUUAAUCAAGCUUUUACAUCAAAAACUUGACUUAUGCGAACAAGUAGAAAAAGUCGAUAAAAGCUGCCCACUUGAAGAAGGGGAACAAUAUUUAGAAACUACCGUUACUUUACCAAAAGAAAUUCCAUUUGGUAAAUAUACCGUGGAAGCUUAUGUUUAUACAGCGGAUGAGGAAAGAAUUACUUGCCUGAAGGCAAACGUCAUGUUCAAACCAUGA